AUGUCGUCGUCGCGUGUAUCAUUCGGAUCGCGGGCAGGGACCGCCUUUGAUCGUCCCGGAGGGAUCGGAAUCCGAUCGUCUAUCGGCGCUUACGAUACACUCGAUGCGCUCGCCGAGGCCCUGCGGACUGAGAACGCUGCCGCCACAGAGGGCGAUGAGCCGCAAUGUACAACACUGGAGCUGUGCCUGUCCGCUGGCGCGGUGUUGGAGCUGGUGCGACCGGGCGUAGGGCCAUAUGCCGACGGCGGCGAACAGGACCUCCCGCUCGAGUUCAAGCAAAUGCAAGCGGUGGAGAAUGGGUUGGAGCACAACAACGAUGAGAGCGGGAUCCCCUCCAGGCUUCAAACGCCUCGUGCCUCUAUAGGCCACAUCGUCAAUGUCGCCGACGCCCAACAGGCAGCCAUUGUGCAACGCGCUGCAUCUCGGGGUGUCAUGCAAGCGAUUGAAGCGGCCGAUGGCUUCCGCUACAGCUUCAACAACGCGUGGAAUGCCAAAGAUGGCGAGGGAUCGCGGUUCAGCUACAUAUGUCAGGAYAGCAUGCAGAAUAAAGAUAGACAUGCCAACGGCUACCCACGCACCAUCAAGCAUUUGAAAGGGGAUGUCGGCAGCAGAGGGCCCAGGAAGCCGACCUAUGAUUGCAAGGGCAGCGUUAGCAUCAAGUUCAGCACCUCCAAGCAGCGCUGUGAUGUUUACUAUAGACAUUACGCUAUACACCCAACCGUGGCUGAACGAGCCCAAAUGCCGCGCGCGCCUGCAGUGCGACGCCCAUUCGUGAGUAGAGGUGCACUGCUACCACAGGUUGUCGACAGCAGUCUGGUGGCAGAGCCCAGCGGCGGGCUGUUGGCUACGCUGCAGGCCGAGAACUAUGCUAGCUCUGCGCUCGCCAUGGUAGAUCGCCCGGAGUCCUCGAACAUUGGCCGUCCUCUGAAGCGAAAGCGUGAAUCAGCCCCUCCCCUCCCAAGGAGUCCUCCCGUCCCAAGGAGUCCUCCCGACAAGCCACUUUCUCUUAUGGAGCUUCUAUCGCAGAGUGAGAGCGCAAAGACACCCGCAGUGGGCGAGUUAUCUAGCAGACAGGACCCAUCUCACAUGCCAGCGCCGAUAGCAUACGAUUUACCUUCGUGGCAGAUACCACCGCCACCUCUCAACAAUCGGCAGCAAAAUGGAGCGAACAUCGGUUAUCCCGCGCCGUAUCAGCCUCCAUACCCACCAUCAAAGAACCACACACCUUCUACGCACAUCGCUGCCCCGACGCAGCUCCAGCAGGCGCAGACACAGCACAAGCCGCCAUUCAAACAAAAGGUAUCAGGGCAGCCGGCUGGCAGUCAUCCAAAAGCGCAGGGCCUUUUCACCACUCUAAAACCUGUCGGCAAUUCAGCCCCGGCUGGUCUACCAGUGACGACGUAUGCUCCAACCGCUACAAUGUACCAGGGCGAGGGUCAAAGUCCCGCCAUUACCACUGGAUAUGAACUGAUGCAGAGACAAAGGCGAGCGAGGACAAGCUGCGAGCGGUGCCGGAGUGGGAAACGAAAGUGCGAUGAAGGCCAACCGUGUACGGCUUGCAUCAAAGGCGGACUGGGCGCGCUGGACUGUGUCUACGAAGGCGCCGCUCCAUACGAUACCGAUCCUACCAGUUUCACUCCCGGUGGCAAUCGACUGCCGUGGACGGCACACGAGAAGCCGUCAGGUACCCCGGCAUAUUCACAGGCUUCUGCGGGUACGCUCGCGGAUCAUCUGCCUUGGGCAACACCAGUGUCACAAAGACCAAGUGAUUCCACCGCCUCACCAACGGUCCGGCGCCCUCCUGUGAAUUCUUGCACAAGCGCUGAGCGCGCGAGUAGUCCAGAUCCAUGGUUCCCAAAGCGAUGA